CGCCAGCCACUGGAGUGCCGCCACGUCCCUUCCUUUGCUCUGUCGGCGAUGACGUGACGCGGACUAGCCGACUGGUGACGCUCAUGUUGUCCGUGCUCUUUCCCUUCCGCCGGCGAGCGGAACCCUUGUACUGUCGCGGGGCGAUUAUCGCUGUGACACCACAGCCCGGUGGCGGUAGGGGUGGUGCGAUGGCGGCCGAUGGGGAGCAGCCGGGUCGCCGGCCUCUGCUCCCGAUGAGUGCGGAGGUAGUGGACUCCAACCCAUACAGCCGGCUAAUGGCUCUGAAGAGAAUGGGCAUUGUUGAAGAUUAUGAGAAAAUCCGUCAGUUUGCAGUGGCAGUCGUGGGUGUUGGUGGCGUUGGCAGUGUGACGGCUGAAAUGUUGACAAGAUGUGGCAUUGGUAAGCUUUUGCUAUUUGAUUAUGACAAAGUGGAACUGGCCAAUAUGAACCGACUGUUCUUCCAGCCUCACCAGGCUGGACUAAGCAAAGUGGAAGCAGCAAAGUGCACUCUGAGGAACAUUAAUCCUGAUGUUGAGUUUGAAGUUCAUAACUACAAUAUUACAACAAUGAACAACUUUCAGCAUUUCAUGGAUCGAAUCAGGAAUGGUGGGUUAAGUAAAGGGAAGCCUGUGGAUCUGGUACUGAGCUGUGUCGACAACUUUGAAGCCCGUAUGACAAUAAACACUGCUUGCAAUGAGCUUGCUCAGGUGUGGAUGGAGUCUGGGGUCAGUGAAAAUGCAGUCUCGGGACAUAUACAGCUUCUCAUUCCAGGAGAAACGGCCUGUUUUGCGUGUGCACCCCCACUUGUCGUGGCUGCGAAGAUUGAUGAGAAGACGCUGAAACGUGAGGGGGUCUGUGCAGCCAGUCUCCCCACCACCAUGGCAGUGGUGGCAGGCCUUCUUGUACAGAAUGUCCUGAAGUACCUUUUGGGCUUUGGUUCUGUGAGUUAUUAUCUGGGUUACAAUGCAAUGCAAGAUUUUUUCCCAACAAUGAUGAUGAAGCCAAAUCCAAACUGUGAUGAUCAAAUUUGCAGACUCCGCCAGAAAGAGUACAAGGAAAAAGAAACAGAACAACCAAAGGACAAAUUGGUGGAGGAGGAAGAACAGAUAAAACAUGAAAAUAAUGUUUGGGGUAUUGAGCUUGUUUCUGAGAUCUCUGAUGAGGAACUGAGAGCUGCUUCAGGCUGUAUUCCAGACCUUCCAGAGGGAAUCACAGUAGCUUACAGUGUGCCUAUUAAGAUAAUACUAACAUCACUGGAGAUACAGUUCAAGAGACAGACGAGAGCCUGGAGGAUCUCAUGGCUGCAAUGAAGCAGUUAUAACUACUUGUCAUUCACAGUCCAGUUGACCGAAUAGUUUUUAUGACCUAAACUACAUUGGGUCUUAUCUGACUCAUGGUGUCCACAGCCAGCAGUGCUGGUGAAUAUAAUUGUACUGUUUUAAAACCUGUCCUCUCUGAAAUUUUAUUGCUUUAGUGACUGUACUUCAUUAUCAUUUUACAUUCCCCCGGAAGCGAUGUUGUAAAUGUCAAGGGUAUGUUUAAAUAAACUGCAAACUUAAGUAACACAAUGGCUGCAGUGGUUGUGAGAGUCAGAAUACUAUAGCACAAAUAGUCCGUGCCAUACUAUUACUCUGUCUAGUCCCAUGGACCUGCACCUGAAACUGCCCUCCAUAUCAAACUUUUCUUAAAUAUAUAAUUGAACCUGCAUUCACCACUUCCAAUGGCAGGUUGUUCCACAUAUGCACCACCCUCCUACUGAAGGGUUGGGGGGCGGGGGGAGAGCUUGGGUUAGUGCCAUAAGGGACUCCUCAAACAACAUCAUUACAGGAUUAAAAUAAAAAGGUUUCACUUUGGAUCCAACAUCAAAAGCAUAAUUGGUAACAGGCUGAAGGAUUGUUGCAGCAAUGGCCAAUGACACCUUCAGCAUUAA